AUGGGCCACGUGCAUAGAUUUCUGGGGAACCUGAAACGGAAGCGACUCAGCGAGAAUGCGGUAAAUGGAAGAUUCAGUUCGGAGGAGCUCAAAUCGGCAGAACGCUCAUUGAUACGGAUGGUGCAAUGGCAGGCAUUUCCCGAUGAAAUGGCGAUAACAGCGCGAAAUCAACAGAAAUCAGCUGAGCAGUGGGAACCUCUGGACAAGAGCAGCAGAAUUUACCAGUUGUCUCCGAUCGUGGAUGAUUAUGGGGUGCUCCGGAUCGGCGGACGCAUUGGGAAAGCCCCUAAUAUCGACCUAGAUGCGAAGUUUCCGGUCAUACUCCCACAAAAUCAUAGGUUUACCACACUAUUGGUGGACGACUACCACCGUAAGUUUCGUCAUGGUAACCACGAAACCGUGACAAAUGAAAUACGCCAAAAGUAUUAUGUACCGAGAUUGAGAGUAGCAGUGAAGCAGCAAGCAACAGCUUGUCAAUGGUGCAAAAUAAAUAAGGUCAAGCCGCAAACUCCGCAGAUGGCUCCAUUACCGGCAGCACGCAUGGCCGCAUUCACUAAACCGUUCACUUAUGUGGGCCUCGAUUUCUUCGGACCGCUACUCGUGAAGAUCGGGAGAAGCAACGCAAAGCGUUGGAUCGCUGUGUUUACAUGCCUGACCAUUAGAGCCGUUCAUGUAGAAGUAGCGCAUAGCCUCAGCACCGACUCGUGCGUGAAGUGCGUACGGCGUUUCGUUUGUCGACGGGGUUCGCCGGCAGAGAUACACAGCGACAACGGCACCAACUUCCAGGGUGCUAGCCGACUGUUGAGGGAACAAAUGCAAGAAAUACAAGGAGAGCUUGCAGCAACCUUCACCAAUACGAGCACAAAAUGGUUAUUCAUACCACCCGCGACCCCUCACAUGGGUGGAUCGUGGGAAAGAAUGGUGCGCUCUAUCAAAACCGCGAUGGAGACGGCCUACAACAACUGUCGUAAGCUGGACGACGAAGCUUUGGAGACGUUAGUCGUAGAAGCGGAGGCGAUCGUAAACACUCGUCCCUUGACGUAUUUGCCAUUGACUUCCGAAGAAAGUGAAGCCAUUACUCCGAACCACUUUCUGUUGGGGAGCUCAAGCGGUGUUCGUCAGCCAACGGUUGAACCAACGGAUUCAUCGGCAGCCUUGCGGACCUCCUGGAAUCAGAUUCAGUUUCAACUAGACGUCUUCUGGAAAAGGUGGACUCGGGAAUAUCUUCCGACCCUCACGAAGCGCACGAAGUGGUUCGGGGAUGUAAAGCCUGUCGCCGAAGGAGACUUGGUGUACAUCGUGGACGGAGACAGAAGAAACGGCUGGGAACGAGGUCGCGUGCAGUUAGUCAUCAAAGGAGCGGAUGGGAAGAUUCGUCAAGCGAUUGUACAAACUGCGAGGGGGGUUGUGCGUAGACCAGUCUCGAGGUUGGCUGUCUUGGAGGUGGAUCGUAAAACUGAACCUGGUGGCCAGUGUUACGGGGGGGAGGAUGUUGGAACUGGCAGCACGGGCAAUGUUGGAACUGGCAGCACGUACAUUGUUGGAACUGGCAGCACGGACAUGGUCGGAACUGGGAGCACGGACAUACACGAGUAG